AUGGGCACAACAACUGUCCCAUUAAUAUUAUUAUUAUUAUUUAGUCUUCUUGUUACCUUUGACAAUGUACAAGGAUCAAAGGGUGGUGGCAAGGAUGUUAGUGACCUGUGCGAUACAAUAGAUUGUAGAUAUGAUAUGAAGUGCAUUGUACUCAAUGGAUAUCCAAAGUGUGUGUUUGUUACCAGUCCAAACGUGACAGACUCUUGUGCAACAAAGCUGUGUCCCUACGACUCAGUAUGUGUGUUGGUGAAUGGCGUUGGAACCUGUGUUCCCAAAAGUGGUGGAAGUAGCUCAACAACCGGCAUUCCCAGCCCGGUCUGCACACCGACCACCUGUCCCGCGGGCCAGCACUGUGUGUUGGUCAAUCUCACACCAACCUGCUUUGGCGAGACGCCAUCAUCAUGUCUCGACAUGGGCUGUCCAAAUGGCACGUUCUGUGUUGUAGACAAGUUUGAGCAACAGUCCUGUGUGCGUGGCUCAUGCUCACUCAAGUGUCCAGCCGGCCAACAAUGCAUCGUCAUCCAAGAGAAGAUCAAGUGUAGCCCACUCAACACCAACCCAUCAUACGACAUCUGUCAGUGCGCAUACAAGGAGUGCGCCAAGGGCUCACACUGCGUCCUAGUCAAUGGCCGCGCAACAUGUAUCGAGACCAAGAUCGCCCCCGUAUCCAAGGCCAUCCAGGACUCGUGUCCACCCAACUAUUGUACUUCAGGUUAUCGUUGUGUGAUGGUCAAUGGUCGAGCAAUGUGCGUUAGUGAUGCCAACUCGUGCGCGACGACAUUGUGUCCCGAUGGCACCAAGUGCGUGGUGCUCGCAGGCGUUGCCAGCUGCGUUGACAUCAGAUCAUGCGCAGCCACGAGAUGCCCAGAUGGAAAGAAGUGCGUUAUGCUCAACUACCAGCCAACAUGUGUCAAGGUGUCUCAGACCGACCCCUGUCUCUCGGUCAGGUGUCCCGCCGGCAACAUCUGUCUGAAUGACAAUGGUGCGGCAACAUGUAUGUUGCCACGUAGCAAGUGUGAUCGCGUGAUCUGCCCCGGCAACUUCCAUUGUAUUGUGCUGGGCGACCAAGCCACAUGCAUUGCCAACGCCAGCCGAGACUGCACUUCCAAAUGUUUGAAUGGCUACGUGUGCCAGAUCAUUGGCGGCGAGCAGACCUGUGUGCCACCACCACCCGCCACUUGCAAUGGCAAGAUAUGUCCACAGUCAUUCCACUGCGUGCUUGCCAACAACGUGCCAACAUGCGUCAAGGACACGCCACCAAGACUGCCAUGCCAGGACCGUAUAUGCCCUGACGCCUUCUUCUGUCUCGCUGUCAAUGGCUAUCCAACAUGUGUGAGGAACCAGUCGAUCAACGCGUGUGACGGCCAGACCUGUCCACAGGGCAUGCACUGCAUCGAGGACAAUGGCACGCCCAAGUGCAUCGUGACUAAGGGUCCACCAUCGCCCUCGCCCCUCGACUUUUGCUACUGCGCCAACCAUGCCUGUCCGAGCGGCCAGCACUGUGUGUUGGUCAACUACCGUCCAACAUGCAUUGUGGACACGCCACCCAGCAACUUGUGCGAGGACAUAUCGUCAGUGUCGGACUGUUUGCAACAGAGUGAGUGCACGUGGCAGACUCUGGAAGGCUGCUGCGGCGACUACAAGGGCGUCUGCGUUCGCAACCCAGGCCAGUGCAUCAACGACUUUAGCUGUCUGACCGAGGAGGCGACCAAGCGCACAUACGUCUCGCGCUCAACCUGCAAGCCAUCGAUGGGCUGGACGACCAGACCCAGCCAGUGCUCCGAGCUCGGCUGUGAGGCGCUCGGUCUGACCUGCGUGUACGCACGUCCCGUCACCUGCAGCAACACCGAGUGCUGCAAUCUGAUGCCCAUGUGCUCGCGUGGCGACACGCCCGUGGCACCAGUGCGCAAGGUCGUCGACGGAUCCCAUCCGGACGUGUGCCAGGCCGUAUUUGAGCAGCACCACGUCUCGCCCAACAGCCUGGACGACAACGAGGACUAUGCCGAGAUGAAGUUGGUCGUCUGCAACAAUGGCACAGCACCCAUCACCUCGUUCUCAUUCCGUCUGCACUCUGAAGUCGAGUUGCUCUACUUUAUCGGAUUGGACUUCAUCGCGGACAACCUUUACAAACUACCAAACAUCGUAAUGCCCCUUGCACCAGGUAAAUGCUACGAGAAGGACAACAACAUUUGUCAUGACAUUCGUGGCAAAGAGAUAUAUCAAUUACAUGGUCUGGUCCAUGACCAACAAGUACAUGGAUAUGAAUGA